CAGGGGCUCAUUCCUGAAGGGAAGCUGGACACUUACAACACACCAUAUUACGAGGCGUUUUCUGAAGACGUGAGAGCUGAGAUCGAGAGAGAAGGGUCGUUUGCUGUGGAUCGCCUGGAGAUUAUCGUGAUCCCAUGGGAUGGGUGUAAUGGAGGAGUAACGCAGUAUGACAGGGCGACCACAGCCAGGAAUAUGGGGAAGGCAAUAAGAGCGGUGAACGAGGCAAUGAUUCGGAGCCAUUUCGGUGGAGGAGAUGUGGAGUUUGUGGAUCGUUUGUUUCAGAAGUUUGGUAGAAUCAUGGUGGAUGACUCGAAGGAAGUUGAGCAUGUCAGUAUUGUUGUCUCUGUCAUCAAGAAGCAAUCAACCGUUUGA